AUGAAGACCCUUGCGGCGACCCAGGCCCUAGGGGGCUGUUGCGGGGAUGAAGGUUCUUGGGACGACCCAGGCCCUAGGGGUGAGCCAGGCUGUUGCGGGGAUGAAGACCCUUGCGGCGACCCAGGCCCUACGGGUGAGCCAGGCUGUUGGGGCGACCCAGGUCCAAGGGGCAAAGAAGGUUCUUGUGGGGAUGAAGGCCCUUGGGGCGACCCAGGCCCUAGGGGCAAUCCAGGCUGUUGCGGGGAAGACGGCCCUUGCGGCGAGCCGGGCCCUAGGGGCGAGCCAGGCUGUUGCGGGGAUGAAGGUUCUUGGGACGACCCAGGCCCUAGGGGCAAUCCAGGCUGUUGCGGGGAAGACGGCCCUUGCGGCGAGCCGGGUCCUAGGGGCGAGCCAGGCUGUUGCGGGGAAGACGGCCCUUGCGGCGAGCCGGGCCCUAGGGGCGAGCCAGGCUGUUGCGGGGAUGAAGGUUCUUGGGACGACCCAGGCCCUACGGGUGAGCCAGGCUGUUGGGGCGACCCAGGUCCAAGGGGCAAAGAAGGUUCUUGCGGUGAGCCAGGCCCUAGGGGCGAGCCAGGCUGUUGGGGCGACCCAGGCCCCAGGGGCAAAGAAGGUUCUUGGGGUGAGCCAGGCUGUUGCAGGGAAGAUGGCCCUUGCGGUGAGCCGGGCCCUAGGGGCGAGCCAGGCUGUUGCGGGGAUGAAGGCCCUUGGGGUGACCCAGGCCCUAGGGGCGAGCCAGGGCCCUAG